GCGUGGCCCGCCUAUGCCCUUGAUUGACAGCCACCGUGACCUGUCAAAGGGAGGGAACUCGCGAAUUGAUGGCUUGCGGACCAAUCCGUGAGGAAGUUUUCUUAUUUUCCCGCCUACUGUCCUUCUGGACUUGUUCCCGCCCCUUGUUGUGAUGGACAGCGAAGCUGCCCAAUGGAAGAGACAAACACAAAUAACAGCACAGCUCAGCUGUCCAGUCGGACACGGAAGACGGAGGGCUCCAUUUCCGCUGUCACACUGACACCGAAGCCGCCGAGGAGCCCCCUCGCACUUGAGUGACAAACUCGCUGGCAAAUAGGCUGCUGGGAAAAGCGACGCUCAGCCUCAGGUGCACAGAUAAGUGCCGGCAGCUUUCCCGCCCUGUCCAAUCCCCCCCAGCAUGGCUCUGCUCUGGCGGCUCACGGAAGAGAAGGAAACGCCCUCCGAGUGACUGAUAGACCUAUGCAGCCAAUACAGGAGCCAUACAGUAGAGUGAUAAGCGAUCGGUCCAAUCGAGAGGCAGGAGGGGGGGGAGGGGUCACUUGGCCUCGCUUUCCUCCGUCGGCCCAAACACGGCCGGUGGCUGGGGAUGGGCCAAUCAGAGGUCACGGGGGUAGUCAGCCUUCGACCAAUGGGAAGCUAGUCCCUAAGGCAGUCUUGUAGGGAGGGGCUUACGCCCGGCCAAUGGGAGGCGAGGGGCGGGGCAGAGUGGCCCCGCGGCUGCCGAGUCACGGCCGCAGGGCGCAGCCGCCCAGCGCCGCCCGCCCGCACCCGCGGCUUGCGGUUUGGGUCCUCCGCGCCCUGGCGUCCGCUCGGCAGAGUCCCCGCCCCGAGCCUCCACUGCUUCCUUCGGACUGUGCCAACCGUGAGGAACCCAAUGGCGGCUCCCGAACCUGAGGGAGGCCUGGCCCGGCGCGGCAGCCGCCCGCGUUCACCGGCGGCAGGCUGGUGCCCAGGGCACCCCGCGCCUUGCUGCCCGCCUGCGUCUGGGCUUCUGCGGCCCUACCCACCGCUGGGCUGGGCGUUCCGAGCGUGCCAGGCCUCGCCGCGGGGGAUGGCCCUCGCUGAGCAAGGCUCACACGGUGCCGGGCUGGGAAUGUUUCUGUGUUUAUUUAAUGCACCUUUCGGUCACCGGUAGGUGGCUUUCUGCCCGGUCGUUGGCGCUGUCACUGUCUCAAGCACAGCGCUGGGGCUUGAAAUGGCCUCAGAAGAGGAAAUCUGAGGCAUAACCGCAUGAAUUUAAUCUCCUGGAUCAACCUGAACAAAGAGGAGCUCCAAGUUACCAAAAGCAGAGCGAAUAUCGAGAUGAUAAUGUUCGGUUUAUGGCUUCCUAAAUGGUCCUCAGCAGCCAAAGAAUCUUAUCUACUGACUGCCAAACAAUCUUAUCUACCAGCUGCCGAACCUUACCUGACAACUGAUGGUGCCUAUGCCUGGGGACAUGCCGAACGAACACAGCUGCCACCGUGCAGCCCUGCUUGUGUGCUUCGAAUGCUCCUUCCAGCAGCUCCUGGGUUAAAAAGGCUUUAAAAAAGGCUGUGCCUUGCCAAGAGGAGCCACGAGGCAGCAGGUCACUGUGUGGCAGAGGUUGAGUCACCUCUGAAUGAAGCCUUUCAAGAUGUCAACCACAUGCUGGUGUUUGGAUUUGGCUUCUUCUUCCUCUUCCUCAGGAGAUAUGGAUUUAGCAGCACUGGGUUCAACCUCCUGACCAUUGCCCUCGGGGUUCAGUGCUCUGUGCUGCUAGAAGAUCUAUUAACUUUCCUUCUUCAAAGGCAGAGCCAAGGUGGCCUGAAGAGGAUAGCGAAGGCUGUGGUGAGCAUGACUGCUGUGGUCAUCUCCAGCGGAGCUGUGCUGGGGAAGGCCAGUCCCGUGCAGCUGAUGGUGCUGGCCGCGGCGGAGCUGGCAGCGCUCCACGGGAGCAGGGCUCUGAGCGCUGCGUUCCUGCAGAUUCCAGACAACAGGACCAUGGUGCAUGUUCACCUCUUUGGAGCCUACUUUGGUCUGGCACUCUCCUCACGCUUCUCUGAGCCCUCCCCCAGGUCUGAUAAGAGCAAGAGGACCCCAAAGUCAGAUUUAUUUUCCAUGUUGGGUACUCUCUUCCUGUGGGUGUUCUGGCCCAGUUUCAGCUUCGUGCUGGCAGUGGAGGUCAGGGGCAGAGCUGUCUCCAACACCUACUUUGCCCUGGCAGCGAGCACCGUGGCUGCCUUUGUGCUGUCUGCUCUGACCACCAAGGAUGGCAAAUUCCACAUGGCUCACAUCCAGAGUGCAGUGCUGGCUGGUGGGGUUGCUGUGGGUUAUGCAGCUGACAGUAUUAAGUACCCCUGGAUUGCAAUGAUUUUGGGCCUGCUUGCCAGCCUGGUGACCAUCCUGGGGUCUUACUGCAUGCAGAGAUGCUUGAAUCCUCCUCUCAAGAUCCAUGACACCUCUGGAGUUCAUUUCACCUUUGGCUUGCCUGCUGUGCUUGGAUGCCUUGCCCAGGUCAUUCUCUUAGUGGUGCAAAACUGGGACACUUUGCCAAGACUGGGGACCUUGGUCUUGACUCACAUUGGAGCCUUCUGUGUGACCAUCAGUGUUGCCUCAAUAACAGGGUUCAUUACAGGUUCCAUCCUAAAACUCAAAGUGUUUCAGACCAUCCCUGUGCCCAAGUACUUUGAAGACCAAUUUUACUGGGAGUUUCCCCACUUGGCUGUGGGAUUUUGAAUGGAAGAACUUUGAGGAUGGAUUUGGAACAGAAGAAGCCUUGAGGAUGGAUUUGGAGAAGAGGCCUGAGGAUGGAUUUGGAAUGGAAGAAGCCCUGAUGGUGGAUUUGGAAUGGAAGGAGCCCUGAGGAUGGCCAUGUCCAAGAUAAGCUUUCUCUGUUUGUCACUAGAGCCAAUGAAUAGCUGGGAUGGGUCAAAAGAGCACCUGGGGGGCAGUGGACACACAAUAAAUUAGUCAUGAACUGUCCAAGUUA